AAUAUUACUGAGCAACAGACGUGACAGGCUGAAACAUAAACACAGCCUUCGCCUCGAGUACGGGAUAAAUAAACCGUCUAAUUUAUACACUAAAUUUUAACUAAAAUGACAAGCUUUUUGUUAACACUAGUACGACAUGCGACACCUGAUUCUAAAAGACGAAUUCCAAAGACAAUCGAUAAUAAGGACAACAGGUUAUCACGAAAGGGUUACUGUCAAGCAGACCUGCUCGGCCAAAGAUUAAAGUGUGAAAAAUUCACUCACAUUUAUUGUAGUGAUAUCACUAAGGCAAAAGAGACUGCAAUGGCAAUUACCAACCACAAUAGAUCAUGUUCAUCCCUGCCCAUACAUGAAGAUCCACGAUUAGAAGAACUGAGAUUACUCAAUGAACAGCAGGGAAUAGAAAGUAUAAACAGUUCUUUUUUAAAUAAACUUGAAACUUUAGAGGAUAUCCGCCAUAGAGCAGAAGACUUUUUCUCAGAAAUAUGUGACAUAAUGUUGAAUCGGACGGAACAUGCCCAAAGCUUUGAUGUUGAAGAUGACCAAUGUGAAAGUGGUAGUCGAAAUAGUUGUGAUGUUGAUGUUAUAGACAAUCAUUCAAAAGAUCCUGCUAAUGUUUUGGUGGUUAGCCACAAAGGCUUGAUUAGGGAAAUGCUACGGUAUUUUUGUUCUGAGUUGGGUUGUCAGCUGCCGAGAAGAUCUGGACGCAGAAUGAAUUGGGAUUCCUCUUACACAGGUGUUUCGGUAUUUAGGGUUACAGUGGAAAGAACAGAUGAUCUAUUGAAUAACAUCCAUGUUGAAUGUCUACUAUUAAAUGAUAAUUCACACCUGAGCAAACGGUCAGGGGAUUGUGACAAAUUAGGAGAAAGCUUAUUGACUACAUCUUAAAGAAAACUUUGUCUGGUUUAAACAGAGAAAAGAUUAAGGCAUGCGUCCAUGAUUCCCAAGGUGUUAGUUGUGUGCUUGGACUUUGUGUUUGAGAAUAGUUGGUCUUUAUUCUCUAACCUGAUGGUGUGGUAUACUGAUCAUGAAUUUUGGUUAUUAUAUCAAAGCUCAAAGUCAUGUUGGAAACAUCAGUUAUUGCAAAUUUCUUACCACGAACUGAUGCUCUUAGCCAUAUAUAGGUUUCUUGAAUAAGAAAAUACGACCCACAAAGGUUACAGGAACUUAACAAGUGAGAUGUAAAAAUAAUACAUAAUAUAUUCUUGCAAAAUGUGCUAUCAAAAGGUAAAAUUAUGAGGCUGUAGGGACCUUUUUCUGUUUGUUUGAUGUUGUUUGAUCAUUUGUGAUGUGUUAUGCAAUAUGCAAAAAAGAGUAUUGUAAAUUUAUUCAGUUCAAAGUGUGAAAUACCAUUCAUUCAUGUUGGUGGUGUCUGUAUUAGGCAUCUGUAUCAUUAGUGGUGUAAAAUAUAGGUUUUACGUUUGAUUUCAGUUCUGUAAGAUAUUCAUAUUGUAAAUAGCUAUUGGAAAAUAAUUGGUAAAAUAAAUG